CAGACGUCGAUGUGUCUUUAAACGGAGCUCCAGGUAAAGUUACGAGAAUGCCAUUACAUGGAAAGAUAGUCGUGGUUAAGAGGAGUGGAGUGGAUGGGACUGAAUUCCCACUUACUGCAACAUGCUUAUUUGGAAGGAAGCCUACCUGCGAUAUUCGUAUUCAGCUUCCUCAAGUCUCCAAGGAGCAUUGCAGAAUUGAUUUCAAUGAAAAUAAAGAGGUUAUAUUGACAAAUCUGAGCUCAGUGAAUCCAACCCGUGUCAAUGGAGAGGCUUUGCAGCAGUCUGAGCGUUUGAAGCAUGGAGAUGUGAUAACCAUUAUUGACCGUUCUUUCAGGUUCGAGUAUCCUCCAGCACCCACACCAAAGAAGAGGUCUUCUGUUGGAGGCAAAAGUGAAACCCUCAAAGUCCUGCAAGAUCAGCAUGUAGGGGACACAGUUGCUGUUGGAACCGGAGAAAAGAGGAUUUCAGAAGUGUCCACAGACCCUCAUCUGAAAGAUGGAACCAACCAUGACAACAUACAGCGAGCCUUGGAGAAAACUGUGGCGGUGGAGUCCAAGGAAGAUGAUAGCCUGCUGCAAAGCAAGACCAAUUCCCCCUUCAAUGAUCUGUAUCAAAUGAUAAAAAAAUCUCUGGAUGUCAAGACCCCUCGGAAAUCCUCCAGCAGCAAGUUUCAGACACCGUCCUCGAAGUUUUGCACUCCAAAACAUGGGACAGUUGGAGAAAUCAAUGAAACACCUGCCAUGUCCACAGAAGACACUCCCAAGAAGGAUGAAGCUAAUGUCUCUCUUGUAGCUGGAGAAAUGAAUGGGGAGGCUCAAAGUAUAAGCAAUGGGACCCCGAAGUCUGUUAAGAAGCAGAGGAGGUCCUCUCAGGUUCCUGCUACUGAGAUGGUGAGACCUGUUGUUGAAGAAGCAGACAAUGCCAAGUUGGAAGCAAUAACUCCCCAGAAGUUUACUGUCAGCGAGGUUAUUGAGCAAAUUUCUGCUGAAACACCCAAGUCACCUAUGAGAAGGAGGAGCAAGGAGGCCACACCAGCUAAGGAACAAGAGCAAGCAACGCCUGCUCAAAAAACAGAGCAUCUUAGAAGAACAUCACCAAGGAACUCUGGGAAAGUAGAAAAAGUGGAAGAGCUGUCCAAAAAACGCAAAAGUGGAGAACUUGCAGCUGACUUGCCCAAACAAAAAAUGAAGAAGAAACGCGUUUCCUUUGGAGGUUACCUGAGUCCUGAGUUAUUUGACAAAAAACUGCCUCCUGACUCUCCAUUAAGGAAGGGGGCCGCUCCACGACGAAGCUUGUGUCUCAUCAAACCCAAAAUAUCACUCCUUAGACGAGCAUCAGUUAUUGGCUUGGACUUUGAAGAGCAUCCACCUGGAAAGAAAUCACCAAAAUCUAGGUCCCCUUCUGCCAAGGCUGCAUCACCAGGAAAGAAGUCACCAAAAUCAAAGGCCUCCUCUCCCAAGGCUCAGUCACCUGGAAAGAAAUCUCCAAAUUCCAAGAGUUCAUCUGCUACGGGAAGAUCUCCCUCCAAAAACAAAUUGGAGACCCCCACUGCUAAGAGAAGGUCAAGCCUUACCCCUCAGGAAAAUACUGCCACUGUUGUAACACCAACAAAAACCCCUUUGAGCUCACAAGUCAACACCCCCAGUGUGCAAGGGCGAUUCUCUGUAUCACGCAUCAACACCCCAUCACCAGUUGUGGAAGAUGCUGGUAUGGACCCAGUGUCUACACUCACUGUAACCCCUAAAAUACCCCUGAGGAGGAAGAGCAUGAAGAGCACCUCACGCAAGACUCCAAGUCUGGCAAAGAGUGCUGUAAAAGUAAUGCACAGAAGAAGUGGUAUUUCACGAGCAUCUAUGAAAGCCUUAAAUUCCUGGGCAGACAUUGUCAAGUUUGGGCAAACCAAGGUCCAAGUGGCCCCUCCAGCUAAAAAAACAGUCAAUAAAAAGCCUGUGAAGAAGACUGUACCCAAACCACAGACCCCUGCAAGAAAACUGAUCAGUAAUGCCAGCACUGGACAUGCAAAUUCACCUGUUACCAUUGUGGUGGGCAGAGCUCACAAACAAAAGGUUGUACAUCCAACUGGAAAUGCACCAAGAGUGGUCACCAAUACUGCACUCUUUCAAAAGAACAUGAAAAUGGACGAGGACUUGACGGGAGUUUCUGAAAUGUUUAAAACACCUGCAAAUGAAAGGAAGAGAAGAUCAGAAAUCAAUGAGGACAGUGCCCCCAAGACACCAGUGGAAAAUCUUUCUACAUCUGUAGUAGAGCCAUCAGUGUUGAACACACCAGAGGAGCUAGGUGAAAUGAUAGUGUCUCCGCUGAAUGUUGCAUCUAUAGUGAAAGAAAGAAGAUACAACAGUGAGGCUGUCCAACGCCUCCUUAAUGGAGAUGAAGAAUCUAACUCUGUCAGUGACACCUCUACAUUGGAGAUUCACACUGAUGAGUCAGGUGAACAGCAGUGCAUGGAUUUGAAGACGACCUCUGUAACAACUCCCAAACAAAAGCCAGAACUAUCAGAGUGUCUCACUGGAGUGAAGAGGAUCAUGAAGACCCCAAGACCGAAGUCUGAACCUCUAGAAGACAUCAGAGGGAAACUUCUUAAGACACCUAAGCAAAAGCCUGAACAACAGGAGUGUCUCACUGGAGUGAAGAGGAUCAUGAAGACCCCAAGACAGAAGUCUGAACCUCUAGAAGACAUCAGAGGAAAUCUUCUGAAAACUCCCAAACAGAAACCUGAGCAACAAGAAUGUCUCUCUGGAGUGAAGAGGAUCAUGAAGACCCCAGAACCGGAGGCUGAACCUCUUGAACAUGUACAUGAAGAGCUUCUGAAAACUGCACAAGUUGCUGAUGUGACUUGUGAUGCUGUUAAGGAACUGGAGAUCCCAGCACAUGUGGAAGAAUCUGAAAACCUCCCUGAAAAGACCGACAUGGAAACUCCAAACCUUAAGAGCUCCCCAGUGGCAACUGAGGUUGAAGAUCAAACUCGUCCGGAUUGUGGGUCAGACAUUGCAAAAGAACUAGAUUUUGCCCAUGAAGAGCAACAAGACGUUGUACCUUGUGCUCAGAGUGAAGAGGGACCAUCAGAUGUGAUCCAAGAUGUUCCCCAAGUUGACGUGGCAAACGGUGAUGAAAAUGAAGUUGUCUGUGCCCAGCUGGAGGUGCCCAGUGCACUUGACGCAAAUGAACCAUCAGAUAUCAAGGAAACUAUCUCACAGGCAGCUGUAGACAAAAUUUUGCCAGAAGAACAACUUCAAGCUGAGACAGCUACUUCCGAAGUUACCGAAAUGCACGCAACUGCCACUGAUGAUGAGAAGAAACCUGUCCAAGGCAGAAGGGCAACAACAGUGGAAUCGAAAGCAGCUGAGGAUAAACAGGAGGCCACAGAAAAUUCUGAAGAUCCUAUUGUCCCUACUCCAGCCAGAGGAAGAAGAGGGAAGAAAACUGAAGAAACUGCACCAUCUGCAGUUAAACAAACUACAAGAAACAGAAAUGCAAAGUCCACUGAAAGCAAGGAUGCUGAGCUCACUCAGGAGGAAAGUGCCCCUCUGCCCUCCAAAGUCGCUACUAAGCCUAAAAGAGGAAGAAAUGCCAAAAAAAACCCUGAUCAAGCUGAAACAGUACAAGAGGUUGCCACUGAAAUGGUGCCAGAACCUGAGAGUGAACAGAUUACCCCAGUUGAGCACGCUGCAUAUGACAGUGGAGCACCACUUGAAAAACCUGCGGUGAAGCCCAAGAGAGGAAGAAAAACUAAACAAGAAUCUGAACAAUCUCAAUCAGUGCCUGAGCAGCAAGAUGUGCCUUCUACUCAUAGUGAACAAGUUGACAAAGCAAAAGAAGCAGAUGUAAAGGAAGUCAGUAGUGAGCAGUUGGCGGUGGUGCCCGUUGAAGGUGAUGAAAGUAAAUCAUCAGAUGCCGUGGAAACUGUAACAGAAAUGGUCCAGAAGAAACCUGUUCGAGGAAGAAAGGCAAAAUUGGUGGAACCUAAAGCAGCUGAAGAUAACCAGGAGGCAGCAGAACCAUGUGAAGAUCUUCCAGUCAGAGGAGGAAGAAGAGGAAAGAGAACUGCAGCUACUGCCCCACCUGCUGUUAGAAAAACUACGCGGGGCAGAAAUGCCAAGUCUCAAGACAUUUCUGAUGACCAACCUGAAAUUUUGCCAGAGAAAGCUGAAGAAACAAAUCCAUUGCCUGAGAUUUCACCUGAAGCUACACCUGAAGAAACUCCAAUAAAUACCAGUCAAGAAGAAAUCGAGUCUGCAGCCCCUGAAAUGGAAGUUGUGUCGAAGCCGAGCAGGGGGAGAAAAGCUAAACACACACCUGUUGAACCACCUCAAUCCGAGCCAGAAAAGAGUGAAAUUGUGAGUGACAAGCAUCUUCUGGCAGCUGAUGAGCCUCAAAAGUCCGCUCCCACACAAAGAAGAGGGAGAAAGAGGAACCCUGAUACCGUUGACCAAAACGAGGUGACCGAAGACACAGUUGUCGCUGUAGAGACCAAGAAGCCGUCCAAGCCUCCAGUCAGGGCUAAGAGAGGAAGAAACGCCAAACAGGAAGAAGAAACGGUAGAGAAUGAUAGCAAGACUACCUCAGUAGAGACUACUAAAUCCCAGGAGCCAGGUAAAAAGUCAAGGAGAACCAGAAAGGCUGAGCAAGACCAUGUAAAACCAGAAGAAGAAGAGGUCCAAACGGUUGAAACUCUUGUCCCAGAGGAGGCUGAAGUGCCACUUGCUGCCAAACCAGUGAAGAUGAAUGAACAAGCGACUGUGCCUGCAAAGCCCGUGCGAGGGGGGCGAAGAGCAAAACAAGACACUGAGAGUGUAACCCCAGUCAAAUCCACUGAGACCCAAGAGGUACUUGUUGUCAGCACCACAGAAAAACCCAAACGGGGUAGGAGAGGAAAACAAGUUGCUGAAGAGGUUAAUAUCACCGCAGAAGUACCAGAGGGAAAACCUGACCAUGAGCCGGAGACCGAGGAGAAUCAGGAAAACGUUGCCGCUGUUAAAACCAGCAGAGCAAGGGGGGCGAAAACUGCAAAGAGUGAGAUUUCACUAGCCGUUCCAGCCAAGCGAGCACGCCGAGGUGCAGCCCCUUCUCAUGAGGAGACCAGUACAGAAGCUGCAGCUACAGCUUCAGAGUCUGCUCCGAUUUCAGUAGAACCGGUCAAAAGGGGAAGACGGGCAGCAGCAAAACCCACAUCAGAUGAAGCUACUGUGAGGAGUGACCAGGUAAAACUCACUGAAGAUUUAAGCAGUGCUGCUGUGGAAGACAAAAAAACGUCCAAAAAAUCUGUCAAGUGGAAGGGAGAUUUGAAUGUCCACGAGAUAACUCCUUUGAAGGCAGUUUGCGGCAAGAAAUCAAAAAGUGGUGGCCAAGAUGACACUGAGAGCAACAAUGCAGCACAGAGUGCCAAUGAAACUGAAGAGAAGGAUCUCUCAGUAAAAGUUGUUGAAUCUCAGCCUGCCAAGAGAGCCAGGCGAGUUGCAAAGGUCACUGAUGUAACCACUGAGUCCACCAGCAAGGUCAAUCCUAAGAAAGAUGACAUCAAGCAAGUUGUUGAAGUUGAGACACCGCCGAAAACCAGAAGAGGAAGAUCAGCAAAGAAAUGAGAGCUUUUGUGUAUAUGUUUUUAACUAUAAUGACUUUCAUUUAAAAAAAAACAAAAAAAAAAAAAAAACUUUUUGUACUUGUCAAUUUUAGAUUGUAAUUCAUUUUAGCAAGUAGUUUUAUAGACUGAAAAUUAAGCACUGCUUUUCUUUUUCCUUUUCAACACA